AGAAGGCGGAGGCAGGACGAAGAAAACAAGCAAUAGAAAAGAGGGAUUCUGAGCCUCCAGGCCAAUAAACACAACUGAAGAGCACCCAAGAAGGCCAAGAGAAGGGCAGCAGCAGAAGGGAGCUCCAAUGUCUUCUCCAUGUUUGACCAGACUCAGAUCCAGGAGUUCAAGGAGGCUUUCACUGUAAUUGAUCAGAACAGGGAUGGCAUUAUUGACAAGGAGGAUCUUCGGGACACCUUUGCGGCCAUGGGCCGUCUCAAUGUGAAGAAUGAGGAACUCGACGCCAUGAUGAAGGAAGCCAGUGGGCCUAUCAACUUCACUGUCUUCCUGACCAUGUUUGGGGAGAAGCUGAAGGGUGCGGACCCCGAGGAUGUGAUCACUGGAGCCUUCAAGGUCCUGGACCCAGAAGGGAAGGGCACCAUCAAAAAGCAAUUCUUGGAGGAGCUGCUUACCACGCAGUGCGACCGAUUUUCCCAAGAGGAGAUCAAGAAUAUGUGGGCAGCCUUCCCUCCAGAUGUGGGCGGCAACGUGGACUACAAGAACAUCUGCUAUGUCAUCACACACGGUGACGCUAAGGACCAGGAAUAGGGGACCCAAGGUCUCAGAAGACCCAGAUAGGCUUGUAGCCGCACCAACUCUCACCCUGACCCCCCAAUAAAACUCAACUGGUCUUUGUUUCUUA